GGCAUUUAGGAUUUAUGUACAAGAGGAAAGAGAAACAACCCCUUGCACGUAUGAAGAUGCUAGUUUUCAGGAGGCAUAUUCGUUGAGACAGAGGACAGCUUCACGACUUAUUCUGUAGUUCUUGAAUCCCCCCAAACUAACAAGAUAAAAAAUGACAUCUUCCUCUGCCAGACACGGUGCGGGCAAGGGCGCUUCUUCGGCGCGACUUGAGCAGCGGCUUUUGCGCUUUCGGCAGUCGAUGUUUAACAAUUCAAUCACGAGGAAAAGCGCCAACGGAGGUGUCAUGACCAUCAAUUAUGGUCCGGGCGCUCCUUCUCCAAGUCCAAGUUCAACGUCGUUGAACGCCUACUACAUUCCUCACAACGAUGCGCAUUUCAGUGAGUACAUCUGCGAACGGGAUGAAAGACUCGGUUAUAUUUCCGGAUUUACAGGCUCGGCAGGCACUGCGGUUAUCACGCCUGACGAGGCGCUUUUGUGGACAGAUGGACGGUAUUUCUUGCAAGCAGAGGACGAGCUCGGAAAUUAAGGCUCAGUGUAUUUCAUUUCUACGAGUACGAGUCAUUUCUCUCCAUUUUCUUCUUGAGAUUCUGAGAAAUGAAUCCAAGAAAUGAAAUGUUUUGAACUCGAAGGCAAAGGAUGGAAACUGAUGAAACAAGGCCAAUGUGAAACACCUAGGGAGUGGUUGGUGAAUAAGCAGAAAGAAUUCAAUAAUCCGUCACCCACAUCUACGAGUACUGCUUCAAUUACGGCUUCCCCUAGUCCAUCUUCAGAAGCACCUUGAGGCACUUUCUAAGGGAAAAAGAGACCCAAGAUGACUCUCAGGAUGGAUUCCCGGAGGGUCUAACUCAACUUCCACUUCUACUUCAUACAAAAAGAAGCCACAAGCAUCUACGAGUAGUGCAUUUACUACUUCUGUGCAUUCUCCAUGUUGGAAAGUAGGUAUGGAUCCAUGGUUAAUCUCGGUAAAAGCUGCGCAGAAGUGGGAGACGGAUCUGGGAAAGGAGGCAUUGAGUUUUGAGGGGACCCAUGUCACAUACAAUGUUCAAGAAAGUAGUAACAACAAAGAGCUUCUGACCACAAGUAACCCGGCUCUCAAGAGUCGAGUUGACGUGAGCAACCCAGUGGACAGUGUCCGCCUUUUUGUGGACAAGGAGGCCAUAUCACGUCCAAAAAAGCCGAUACGGCAUCAGCCGCUGCGCUUUUCGGGAGAAACGGUAUCGAGCAAAUUGGCACGACUUAGAGAAGAAAUGAAAAGCAAGGACGUCUCUGCGUGCUUGGUGUGUGCCUUGGAUGACAUUUGCUGGAUGCUCAAUCUCCGAGGUAGCGACAUUCCUUACAAUCCAGUCUUCUUUGCAUUUUUGCUGGUUUUUCGCGACGAGACAAAGCUGGCUCGACUCUACUGCGAUCGCACGGAUCUGGGGAGAGAACACGCCGAUGACGAGGAUCCGGUUUGGAGGCAAGUGGAAGUCAAAAAGUACGAACAUGUGGAAGCUGACCUGAAACUCCUGUUUUCCCGGGUAAACUUUUCUUUGUGGGUAGAUGAAGACUCAUGCCCACAACGAUUUAAGUUGAUAUUACUGAAGGAAAUCAUAGACAACUUCUCGGAUGCCACAUCCUCAUCCAAGCCGUCCGAUAGUGCCAUUUACACCAAAGACCCACUGCCGAUAAAAAAGUGGAAGUCAGUGAAGAACGACGUUGAACUAGAGGGCAUGAAGCAGGCACAUUUACGAGAUGGGUUCGCAAAAACCAAAUACAUCAUGUGGCUACAGGAUUAUUAUUCUAGUGGUUCAUCUGCUGCUCCACUCACAGAAGUCUCAGCAGCCUCAAAGUUAGAACAAUUUCGACGAGAAAACGAAUUCUUUCAGGGUCUGAGUUUUCCUUCUAUCAGUGGCAGCGGUCCGAACGGCAGCAUUGUGCACUAUCAACCUGAACAAGCCUCUACUUGUGCGGUGAUUGACCCGGAAACUCUUUACUUGAUAGACAGUGGAGCACAAUACUCGGAUGGUACGACAGAUGUGACCAGGACGCUUUAUUUAGGUAAAGGCAGUGCUGGUAGAUGUAGAAAGAAUCUCACCUGCUCUUCGAAAUUGGAUGCGUUUCGUGCACACUAUACACUAGUUCUUAAAGGGCACAUAGCACUGGCAACCAGUGUAUUUCCAGAGAAGACACCUGGCGCAGCACUGGAUAUUCUCGCACGAGGGCCAUUGUGGAAAUUCGGAUUGAAUUACAAUUAUGAAGAAAAGCGCAAUGUUGCCAUGAUGAUAGUCUUGUACCGCUUACAUAAUACUACAUAGUUGACUUCUUUGGUAGAGGAUGCAUUGAAAGGAAAAAGACUCAAUGCCCACUAAUCAAAUAAGGAAGUGUCUUUUUAUUUCCCGUAUGAUUCUGUUCGAGCUCCACUACCAGAAGAUGAGGGACAACGACGGACAUCACUCUUACUUACAUUUCCCGUAUCAUUCUGUAUUUCUCAUAGAAGUACCACCUCGUCUCUCUAAAAGGUCCACGGUACAGGCCACGGCGUGGGAUCACAUUUGUGCGUUCACGAAGGCCCACAAGGAAUCCCGUGGUUGCGCAGCACGCUCGUCCAAAGUGCGCCUAGCUACUUGGAGGUUGGUCUGGUGCCAGGCAUGACGCUGUCAAACGAGCCAGGAUACUUUAUGAUCGGACACUUCAUCUGCUUAUCGUUCUGAGCAAUUAUAAUCUUUUUCCUUUAGAAGUUAAAAAAGUUAGAGUACUAGAAAGACGGACCCCUACUGUAGUAACUACCGCGGCAUCAUCCCAAAGACAGUUGUACUUCGCCAUCAAAAUAAUAGAAAUACAACUUUACUCUCAAAAUUAUAGAAUUACAUUUUUCCGCUCUAAGACCAACAGGGACGGACACUAUGGUAUUCGGAUUGAGAAUCUGGUUUUUGUGAAAAGAAAAACGGAUUUUGCGAUACAAGACGUGAAAGGCGGCUUUUGCGAAGAAGGAAGCAAGGAGAGAUGGGUGGAUGACAUUAGCAGUGACAGUUUCCCCGAAUCCAAAGAAAACAGACCUGUGUGGCGAGACCAGGAUUAUUGCUGUUUCGAAAAUUUGACCUUCAUCCCCUUAGACCAAAGGCUGAUCGCGAAGGAAAUGCUAAAUGCAGAGGAAAUCGCAUAUGUUGACAGCUAUCAUGAAGAGGUGUAUGAAAAAUUGAAGCCCUUUUUUGAAAAACACCUGUUGAAUCGAGAAGACACUGGUACUACGUCGUAUACAGUUGCAAGACUACGAGAAAUGACCAAACCUUUGGGAGAAGGGGAAGGGGGUGCAUUUGCUGCGGAUGAUGUCAAUGGGGGAGCAAAAAGAAGAAAGAAGGAAUAAAUGAUUUAACGACAUAGUAUUUCUUUCUGUUUUUCCUAUCGAUGAAGGAGAACCUUGAGAACAAGUGAAUCAUCACACAGAGUUCACGUAUGCCGAAGACGUGACACGC